GUAAUGCACCGGAUGCUGCACGACCGGGGUGGACGAGCAGCAAUGGCUGGCCCGGAGCAGCAGAAGCAGCAUCAGCAGCAGGUGGAGGAGGAGAAGGCCGAGCACAUCGAUGACGCCGAGAUGGCGCUGCAAGGCAUCAACAUGCUGCUCAACAACGGCUUCAAGGAGAGCGACGAGCUCUUUAGGAGAUACAGGAGUCAGAGUCCGCUGAUGAGCUUCGGGGCAAGUUUUGUGAGCUUCCUGAAUGCCAUGAUGACAUUCGAGGAGGAGAAGAUGCAGAUGGCGUGCGACGACCUGAAGACCACCGAGAAGCUUUGUGAGAGUGACAGCGUCGGUGUGCUGGAGACCAUCAGGAACAAGAUCAAGAAGAGCGUCAGUAUGGACUCCCAGAGGUCUGGUGUGGUGGUGGUGGACCGCCUGCAGAGACAGAUCAUUGUGGCUGACUGUCAGGUUUACUUGGCUGUGCUCUCCUUUGUCAAGCAGGAACUCUCAGCAUACAUCAAAGGUGGCUGGAUCCUCCGCAAGGCGUGGAAGAUGUAUAACAAAUGUCACAGUGACAUCAGCCAGCUGCAGGCCGCCUGCCAGCAGACCACCACAGAGACCACCACCCCCGACAACGCCAACCACAAUGAGGCGGAGAGCGGCGUGACGUCUGAGGCCUUGGACCGCCUGAAGGGCUCGGUGAGCUUCGGCUAUGGUCUGUUCCACCUGUGCAUCUCCAUGGUGCCCCCGCACCUCCUCAAAAUUAUCAACCUGCUGGGCUUCCCCGGAGACCGCCUCCAAGGCCUUGCUGCCCUCGCCUACGCCAGCGAGAGCAAGGACAUGAAGGCACCCCUAGCUACGUUGGCUCUCCUGUGGUACCACACAGUAGUGCUGCCAUUCUUCGCGCUAGACGGGUGUGAUUCUCACGCCGGCCUGACGGAGGCCAAAGAGAUCCUGCACAGGAAGUCACUGGUCUACCCAAACUCCUCCCUCUUCAUCUUCUUCAAGGGGCGCAUACACAGGCUGGAGUGUCACAUCAACAGCGCUCUGGCCUGCUUCAACGAUGCACUGGAACUGGCUUCCGACCAAAGAGAGAUCCAGCAUGUGUGUCUGUACGAGAUCGGCUGGUGCAGCAUGAUCGAGAUGAACUUCGAAGACGCUCACCAGUCCUUCGAGAGGCUGAAGAACGAAUCAAGAUGGUCUCAGUGCUAUUACGCGUACUUGACCGGAGUGUGUCAGGGAGCCUCGGGCGACCUGGACGGCGCCAACGGUGUCUUCAAAGAUGUGCAGAAGCUGUUCAAAAGGAAGAACAACCAGAUCGAGCAGUUUGCUGUCAAACGGGCUGAGCGUUUGAGGAAGAUCUCUCCCAGCAGAGAGCUCUGCAUUUUGGGUGUCAUUGAGGUGCUGUACCUGUGGAAAGCACUUCCCAACUGCUCCUCAUCCAAGCUGCAGGUCAUGAACCAAGUGUUGCAGCGUCUUGACGAGGCUUCUUGCCGCGGCCUGAAACAUCUCCUGCUGGGCGCCGUCCACAAGUGUCACGGCAACACCAGAGAUGCCGUCCAGUCCUUCCAGAUGGCGGCCAGAGACGAGUACGGGCGUCACACCAAUUCGUAUGUUCAGCCAUACGCCGUCUACGAGCUGGGCUGCAUGCUGCUCGCCAAACCCGAAACACUGGGUAAGGGCAGAUCGUUCCUUCUUCAAGCAAAGGAGGAUUUCACGGGCUACGACUUUGAGAACAGGCUUCACGUGCGCAUCCAUUCGGCGUUAGCCUCUCUGAAGGAACUAGUGCCUCAGUGACUCCAGAGGGGAAACCUUUUUACACCAUCUUGUAACCCGCUGACCGGGACUCUUAAGGAGAACCUCCAGACCCGAUGUAAACGAUUCUGGGGAAAAAAAUGCACUCGUUUACAUAAUGUACGAUUUUAAGAUGUCGGGUGCCGAAUGCAGGAAAAUUAAGUCUACGCGGAUAUUUGUCCCACUUGCCACAAAUGGUGCCACGUUUUGACAGGAGUUUUCUCUGUGUAAAAAUACGUUCACCCGCAGUAUGAUUUAGCAAAUCACAAAAUAUUUGUCACAGAUAUUUGUCCCAUCAAAUAGGAUUUUAACUGAAUUUUUGUCACACACAACAGUUUUUAAAAAAUAGUUUUAACAACAUUUUUGUAUGUGUAAACACGCAUUCGCCGACUGUAAAAUUUGCUUUCGCUAAUCACUAGCACCGACAGUGUACAACAAUAAGACAUAAGGUGCCUAAUGCAGGAAAUUUAAGUCAACGCAUACACAGAUUUGUCCCAUUCGCAACAAAUGUCUACAUGCAGCGUCUUUUAAAAACAGUUUUAACAAAAUCUUUGUCCGUGUAAAAUUUUGUCCACAUUCUUUAAAGUAUGAGUCAGCCUAUCUGGUGAUGCCUUUAUUUCUGUUUACUCCAUGCCAUUGUCCAGUCAGUAAAAAAACACAUACUGUAUCUCUAGUUUCUUUGUGUUUUUUCCUUUCAUUUGGUGCAUGAAGAAUUUUUUUAAAUUUGUAUUAUUUUGUUUUUUGGCUAAAAAAAAAUUCUACUUGUGAAAUUUGGAGUUUGUUCGUCAGACAGCGACGAUAUGCUAGUAUAUUUAAAAUUAUCACGUUUGUAACAAAUGCCACCUUUGAAGAAAAGGCUUGGACGAAGGCCAAAAUGUAUUGAACAUUAUUAUUAUUAUUAUUAUUAUUAUUUUAAAUCCCUGUUUGUGGCCUAGCCAAGACUGCCUUCAUAAAACAAAUUAUUAAACCCUAAGAUGUCAUAAUUUCAACACAAACGAAGCCAAAGUGUUUUUGUUGCCAGAAGCUAACAAGCUAGCUAGCUGAGUCCGCAGUGUUUCGCGGUCAGCUCGCUAAUUUGAUUCAGCUAACUGAUUCAAUUAACUCAAACUGAAUCACUCGAGGGCACAGUGUUUCCGACGAGUCUGCUGAUUUGAGUCAGUGAAUCAAUACGACCGAAUCACCCGAGUCCGCUGACUGGAGUCAGUCAACCAAUCCAACUGAAUAAAUGGAGUCCGAUACAACCAACAGAGGACUCAUUGGAUUCGGUUUAAUGGAGACCUCAGACUGGAGAUUUUUGAUACAGUCCUAAAUUUUUGACUCAUGAACACUGUAUUUUAUUUGAUCGUGCUCUAUGCAUGGCACAGCAGGUACAUGAAAGUGACUCUUCCGUCCUAAACGUACCGCAUGUCCAAAUAAAGCAAAUGUGAAUUGAAAGGUGCUGGUAAAUAAUCUUUAAUUUGCAUAGUCUCCUGAUGGCGAUCAUUGCCACUGACUUAAACCAAGUGUCAUCCUGAACUCUUGUGCAUCUACUUUAAUUAAACUCAAAUUAAAAAAAAAAAAAAAAA